AGAAGAAGAAGAAGAAGAAGAAGAAGAAGAAGAGGAAGAGGUUUCACGUGUGGACCGUCUGCCACCACGACAUUGAGCUUGUUUAUAACCUGAUAUUACAAACUAAUUAUUCACCUUCAGAUACCGACACACAAAGACACACAGGCAAAACAAUGGCUUCCAGUUGUCGACGGCCUGAACACAGCGCUCCUCCAGAUCUCUUCUACAACGAAGCGGAGGCAAAGAAGUACUCUCAGAACUCUCGAAUGAUUGAGAUCCAGACCCAGAUGUCGGAGAGAGCUGUGGAGCUGUUGAACCUACCAGAGGGACAGUCCUGCUUCCUGCUGGAUGUGGGGUGUGGCUCUGGGCUCAGUGGCGACUUCCUCUCAGAGGAAGGACACUUGUGGGUGGGAGUCGACAUCAGCACCGCAAUGCUGGAUGUUGCUCUGGACAGAGAAGUAGAAGGAGAUCUUUUACUGGGGGACAUGGGCCACGGGAUGCCUUUCCGACCCGGAACCUUUGACGGUUGCAUCAGUAUUUCUGCCCUGCAGUGGCUCUGUAAUGCCGACAAGAAGUCACACAGUCCUCCUAAGAGACUCUAUACCUUCUUUACUACUCUCUACUCUUCGUUGUCAAGAGGCGCACGUGCAGUUUUUCAGCUUUAUCCAGAGAAUUCAGAACAGCUGGAGCUGAUCACGACACAAGCCAUGAGGGCAGGUUUCAGUGGAGGCAUGGUGGUGGACUAUCCCAACAGCAGCAAGGCUAAAAAGUUCUUCUUGUGUCUUUUUGCUGGAGUAUCAGGAGUCCUUCCUAAAGGAUUGGGAUCAGAAACGUCAGACAAAACAGUUUCAAACCAGGUCCAGUAUUCAGGACAAAGAUGUCGGUUCAAAAACAUGAAGGGGAAAUCCUUGAAGAAGGGGCGAGAUUGGAUCAUGGAGAAGAAGGAGAGGAGGAGGAGACAGGGACGGGAGGUUCGAGCCGACACCAAAUACACCGCACGUCAGAGAAGACCUCAUUUCUAGCUGUGACUCAUGCAGCUGGGCCUUCAUUAGCUCUCGACUGUGCCUCCUCGCACACAGCCACCUCUGGAGCCACUGAGUGUUUGGACAAUUAUAAUUUCUCUGCUAGGGGGAGAGUGAAUGGCAAGAGUGAAAUGCUAUUAUGGUCAAUCAUUUUUAUGUUUGGUCGAGUGUUUGGCAAAUCUUUUUUCACACUUGGUGGUAAGACGGCACUCAAGACAUGUUCACAUGCAUGGAAAAUACAAAAGUACAUGAACAGACACGUGCUGCCAGCUGAUGACGACAAAAACAACACUGUCCAAAAAUUAAAACAAUUUUCAUAGAUGA